AUGGAGCCGAAGCGCUUUGAGGUUGACGAGGAAGAGCUCGGAUGCAAGAUCAGCAACGUGAAGCUGAGUGAAAAGUGCCGCUUGAAGGACGAAGGGAAGCCUGUUAAGGACGACGAAUCUCAUGAGAGACCCGAGGAAGCUGAAGAGAACGCCUCCGAGGAUGGAACGGGUCCGCCGCAAGAAGGAGGCUUCCCUCCCACAAGCUUUGUUUAA